AUGGCCGAAGUCUUCGGCGUUGUCGCAGGCGGAUUCGGCGUCGUGGGGCUCCUCGAUCAAAUCAUCAAAACAGUCAGCACCCUGCGCGGCCUCCGAUCGUUUGUGAAAAACGCGCCGACCGAGCUACAAGACCUGAUUGAAGAUGCGGAAGUCGUGCAGGGGGUGCUUGAAGCGCUGGCUCCCGCGUCGCUGGGUGUUUUGAAUCGCCCGUUGACGGAACGGCGCUUGCGUACGUUUCAAAAGGAUCUGGAGGCGACGAUCAACGAGAUAAGACAGUUUGCGGCUUCGGCGGCGAGCCGGAAGAGGAUUGAGAAGAUGAAGCUCGUUUGGAAGAAAGAUGCGAUCAAGGCGCGGAAGCAGAAUCUGGAUACUAUCAAGACGACGCUUGUGCUGCUUCAGGGGUCGUAUUGCAGUCUUUCAAUACGCGAACAUGAUGCUACAAUCCGCCAACUUGUCGCCGUCAUACAAUCUCAGACAAGUGGAAACACAAAAUGCCUGGGCGCGCAUCAAGAGCCGGAGGGCUAUCUCCAAGUAUCAACGAAGCGCCCGAAACGAGCGCGUGGAUCCAACACUCGCAAUGCCGAAUACCGGCUGCGUAUUCCCCUGGCCCUUAUCAACAAAGUCUGGACCCUCCAGGCGAACCGUAUGGUGUCUGGCUGGACCUUUACUUUCCAGACACAUAACCUCAUCUCCGACUCGUCGCCUGUUUUCAAAUAUUGUGCCGAGGGCAAUGUGGCAGAGGUCCAGCGACUAUUCUCCUCCCGUCUCGCGUCUCCUGUUGACUGCUUGAGUAACGGGACCAGCUUACUUUCCAUUGCAGUCUUCAACGGCCGGACUGAAAUGUGUCAAUUGUUGCUCAAUAAUGGUGCCAACCGAACCUACAGAAAUGACAUGGGCGUCGGUCCUCUGGACUACGCGAAUGUCCACUCUAGAAUAUGGGCUGACUUUCCCCAAGAGAUCCCGGCGAUGGUCGAUCUCUACCGACUACUGAUAGCCGUCGACGAAGACGAAGAUGUGUUUCUCGAGGACCGCAGCGAGCUUCCAUAUUGGUUCACUGGAAUUCUAUGCCCCCCUGAAGCCCUUGAUCUGAUCCACAGCCGUGUCUUUGUGGACUAUCCCGCUCUGCCCCUUUCGGUGCGCUUCCAGCAGGCCAUGAGGAUCAACGUUUCCUUCGCCAGGGGAUCGGCCCCUGAAAUGUUCCAAAUCCUCAUGGGCGGACGAAUUGAGCCCAAAGCCUAUCUAUUGGUGGACCAGAAUGGUGACACUCUCCUACACAGAGUUACUGAAUGCAUGGCAUUCGACUUCGCCUGUAAGAUAACGCGCAAUGCCGACGGCUGGAGACAAAUGCUCAGGGACGCCAGUGUUGCGCCGGCGGACUUACACCAAGUGUCAUCAACAAUGUGCGAGACGCCCCUCGUCACAUUCCUACGUGCGUGGGGCCUGGCGCUUAAUUAUCCCAGGCCGUACCCGUGGUCAUUCAACCCGGCUCUUCGGAAAUGGGUAUCAGAGCUCCAAGCACUUGGCGUGGACCUCGAAGAGUAUGGAGAGUUGGAGCGAGAGCUGCACAGGAACGGAGACGUCAGUUUGGAACUUAAACUGGAUAUUGGUCAUGACAGUAUGGAUAAUAUGAAUGCCUUCACGGAUCCCGAGCCGGUAUCCAGGUGGGUCACGUUCCGUCUGCUGGAUUUUACGUACGGGCCCGAACCAGAGGACUGGUUUAUUUGGGUCACGAACCCGCUUGACGAGGUUGUGGGGCAGUUUUGGAGGAUGGUUGAGAGGGAGGUGGUGGUUAUGCCUGGAACGUGGAUUGACUGA